UUUGACCCUCACAAGAUGGCGGCGAUUCGCCCCUCCUCAGGGGCGGGGCCUCUCCGCUCCUGCGCAUGCGCAGGCCACUCCCCUUCCUGCCGCGGAGCCUGCUGGGAUCGUGGCGGACCCGGCGCUGACGGAGCCAGGCGCGGAACGGCGGCGAUGGACGUUUUCCUGAUGAUCCGGCGCCACAAAACCACCAUCUUCACGGACGCCAAGGAGUCCAGCACCGUGUACGAGCUGAAGCGCAUCGUCGAGGGGAUCCUCAAGCGGCCGCCCGAGGAGCAGCGGCUCUAUAAGGACGAGCAGCUGCUGGAGGACACGAAGACGCUGGGGGAUUGCGGCUUCACCAGCCAGACGGCCCGGCCACAGGCCCCCGCCACCGUGGGGCUGGCGCUGCGCACGGCCGAGGAGGCCUUCGAGGCGCUGCGCAUCGACCCCUUCUCCAGCCCCCCGGAGCUCCCCGACGUGAUGAAGCCCCAGGAUUCGACGGGCGGCGCCCAGGAACCUCCGCUGCCCUGAGCCCCUCCCCCCGCCCUUGCACACGCGCGUGUGGCACGGGCCCUCGCACGGGGGGGGGGGGGUGGGGUGGGGGUGCGCACACACGCGUGUGACGCACCACUAAACGCCCCUCCCCCCCCCAAAAUAAAGCUGCCUCCUGCCCCUCCCCCAACC